AUGGCGGCCGCUGUGAAGAUGCAGGAAACGAAAGCGCACACAGCCUUUAUUCCCAAGGAUAUCAUGGCCAACAUUUUCAAAAGGCUUCCGGUUAGAUCGUUAUAUCGGUUUCAAUGUGUGUGCAGAGAUUGGAAAGAUCUGAUAAAAUAUCUCAUCAAGACUCCACCUUUUGUCCAAGACCACUUCCACUAUUCCAACUGCCAAGACCCUGUCCUUCUCCUUGAGCAGUACCAUCCCAAAUUCUGUGGUAUUCGCCUCAGUGUGCUGGAUUGCGAUAUGCGAGUCGGUAAAGUUCAAAACUUACCUUCUAUUCAUUCUUUAUAUAAUUCUGAGGUGUUGGGUUCCAGCAAUGGCUUGGUCUGUGUCAAAACUGAGAAUGGUAUAAAUCCUCAUCCCAUUUUGAUAUGGAACCCCGCCACUAGAGACAUCAGAGAGGUGCGCACCAGAACUAUCAUUCAUUUUGACCUUAUUGACGGGUUAGGAUUUGAGUACUACAGAACUUACAUUGAACCUAAGCUUGUUGAUUAUUUUGGAUUUGGAUUCAGUCCUCUUGAUAGUGAUUACAAGAUUGUGAGAAUUAAUCUAUUUCAUCCUUCUACUAUUAAAGCCGUGGACUUGUAUUCGUUGAAUUGCGGGUCAUGGAAGCAAAUAGACUUUGGAAACCUAAAUGGCAUAAAGAUGAGUUCUGCAUAUAUCACUAUUAAUGGAGUUAUGUUUUGGGAUACUGCGUGGUGGGAUGAUAAUAAGGAUCUAGUACUUUCAAUUGACCUAUCAAAGGAAGUUUGUAAAUUGAUACGGAUGCCUUAUUUAGGCUAUGCUUCUCAUAGAAACCUUGUUGAGUAUGAGAACAAACUUGCUCUGGUUGCUCGCAAGGGUGGAUCUAAUUUGAUUCAUUUGUGGGUGUUGAAGAAGUACACGUGUCCAUCUGAGGAUAGCGAGGAGGAGAAGAGAUGGAAAUGGACUAAAAUAUAUACUAGUAGUCCUUGUCCAUGCCCUUACUUAAUUCCAAGGACUAUUUGGAGGAACGAGAUUGUCUUAGUGCCUGAUCAGAUUGAGAAUGAUGGUCAAACGACAAUAAUUUUAUAUCUCCUCAAUCUCACUACUAAUGAGUUUAAGAGGCAUGCCGUUAUAUCUUCCCCUCACAACUUUCAACAAAUAAGGAAAGGCACUAAAAGAGACGAUGUUGAAAUUGAUAUUUUUAAUUACAUCGAAAGCCUUGUAUUAGUCAAUCGGCAUCAUUAA